AUGAGAAAGAAGUCCUAUAUAUGUGUGCUGUUGUUAAUUUUAGUCUUUGAAGCAUUUUGCGAAGAAAAUAAUGAUGAUCCCGCAGAAGAAGAUCUUUACGCUGUACCAGAGGGAUAUUCACAAAUAUUUAGAGAUCUGCCGACGGUGUAUGAAUAUAUUAUAGCUACUCUACAAGAUAAACCAGAAGUAUUAGAAAAUAACAACUCGCCAGCUUUCGAUGAUCUCAAUCGCAAAGAAAACCAUGUUAAUAAAAGAAGUGCUAAUUAUUUCAGUGUAAAUGCAUAUGAAGUAAAUGAUGGGAAUGUAAAAGUUGAUAAUUAUUUAAGCAACAUUGAUUAUGGAGUAGUGUUAAUUGGAUCUGAUGGUGCUUAUAAGUCUUUAGAUCCUGAAGAAGUGGCUGCAAAAGCUAUUUGGGUUGAACAGGAAUUAGAAGACUAUAAUAAUGAAAAAUAG